AUGCUCAUCGAAAAAGGUGGACCCAUCUUACGUGAGGACAUUGGCCGUCUGCUACAGGAACUGCUCUGCAAUGGUACAGCUUUUCCAUCGUCCCUUAACAUAUCAACCUCGAAGAGGGUUCGACAAGGCGACACCGUGCCGCCAAAGCUGUUUACCUCCGCAUUGCAGUGGGUGAUGAAAUCACUGGAUUGGAACAAAAUAGGUAUACGAGUUGAUGGGAUAUUCCUCAUCUUCGUUUGGCGGACGACAUUGUUCUCUUCUUGA